UAUUUUAGUUGCCCAAGUCGAGUGCAGUCGUGUGGUAGUGAAAAAGAAGCACAAACAAAAAAAAACAGGCAGUGGCAAAAAGCGUUAAAUACACUUUCCAUAAUUAUCAUUCAUAGCUGAGGUCUUGGUUAUUUGAAAUUUUCGGAGUUUCCGUAGUUUUCAGCGCUUUGCAGACCAAAAUUUAAUGACAUUCGGAUUGUGCAAUGCGUGACUGCUGAUUAUAUAAGUCGCACAAUUGGCCAAAGUUCAAGUAUUCAAGUAGGUCUUUCUGUCGAACUGGAAGUUGCAAGUAAGCGAAAUUGAGGUUGUGUCAAAAAGCCGGCAAAAUUCGAAUAAUAUUUUUGCACGGGCGGAUUUUUGACAGGCGAACGCAAACAAGCUAUUGGGAAAGCAAGAACUACUAUUACGAAAAGAGCAACUAAAAGUUUCGCAGGAAAAGAGCAAUAGAAAGUGGAAAAUAGAAAGGCAAGAGUGCCGCCGGCAAGAGUGCCAGUUUAUAAAUAAAACCAGCGGGUAGGAAGAGAUCCGGGGUCUCUUCGGAAGAGUACGGGUAAACAAAUAACAAUGCCGGAGCCACUGGGACUUCUCUUUUCGACGCCGGAGACAAAGGCGAAGGCGCCCAUUAUCAAGGUGUCCUGCGGCAUCGGCGACACGGAUGGCUAUCCUGCCUUCGAUGUCGACUCGGAGGCGUACGCCACCAAGGACGACAGCAGGUGGGGAUUCCUCAUCACCGGCGGAGCGGAGUUCCACAUGCCGCUGACAGUCUUCCAGGUGACCCCCAGCGGCCUGGCCGAUAAAGCGGGCAUUCGCCUGGGCGACAUCAUACUCGAGAUUAACGAGGAGGACGCCUCGCAGCUGACACUGUCCCAGGCCCACGAGAAAAUCAACUCGACGCCCAAGAAGAUACAUUUCCUGCUGCGCAACAUGGACGAGGACGAUCCCAUGGGCCAGUUCGAGGCCGGAGAGGAGAAGUCGAUUGUGAUGCGGGUUCCGAAGCCUUUGCCGCCGCCCAGUGGACGCAUCCGAGCCAGCUCCAUUGAGAUGCGGCUUCUGGAGAUGCAGCGAAAGCUGUCGGCCAUAGCCGAAAUACCGAGAAUCCUGUGCUCCACCUUGGCCACCGUGUCGCAGAGCUUUGGCCGGAUGAGUGAUUCGGAGGUGGACGAGGACGAGGAGGCCUAUGUGCAGCGAAAGUUCUCCUACGACGAGGAUGCCCUUGACUUCGAGCUGAGGGAUGGGGAUCAGGCGGGUGACACUGAGAGUGACGAGGAUGAUUUGGUGCAGGUGCAGGAGGACGAUGAUGAGCAGGAGGAUGUCCCCAAAGGUGGCAGGCAAUCAAAGCUGCUGAAGGAUGUUACCCCGGAAUCGGAUUAUGCAUCGGAAGCCAAUUAUCCGGUAAAUGAGGCAAGCGAUGACACGGAAUCCGAUGACGAGGAAGAGCCUGCCAGCACGGUUUACUUUAUGAGACUGCCAGCGGCACCAGCCGAGGAUACGUAUUCCUCCACGGAGGACGAAGAUGACAGCGACUUCUUGAACACCACCUACACCUGGAACCUCCGCAAUGUGCCCAAGCUGCGUAUUAACGAUGCCGAGGCCGAAGGUGAACUGCCAGUGGGACAUCAGGCGAAGGAGAUGCCUCAGGAGAAGCAGCCGAGGGAGAAGGAGCCUUUCAUGGAGAAGGAGCCUUUCUUGGAGCCGGAGCCACCAAAGGUGCGCCCGGCCACGCCCACACCGCAGGCACCUUCCCAAGAGUCUGCUGAAGGGCAGACACAAAAGCUGCUCUUCAGACUGGAUAAGCUGGAGCGAUCUUGGCCCUGGGCGGACCGUGAGAAAAUCAUAUACAAGCAAUCCACGUGCCAUUUGGUGGCACGAAAGCCACUGGGAUUGGUGGGGCAGCGGAUGCAGCUGCUGCUCAAGGACAAAAAGGAGUAAAUUCGUAGAGGGAGCAAGGAGUCGACCCCUCGUUAAACAGUUCCUGCCAUUAGCCUAAGUCUAACCCAUGGGGGGAACAACCCGACAUCGGAGUGUGGGUGUGAAGCGGCCAACUUUUAAUUGAGUUCAUUAUGCAAAUACACAGGCGACAACAGCAGCCUCAACUUUAGCAGCGCUUCAAUUAAAAGCCGCACACCCAGGCGUAUGAGAAACUCUAUUCAAACACACUUCACACCCAGCCUUUCACUGGGGCAAAAUUUUUAAUUAAAGUGCACUCUCCCGGAUGCCGAAAAAUCACUGUCAAGUCAAACGCGCAGCCAGAGUCAAAAUCAAGACAAAACCACAACCGAAACCCAGACCCAAACCAGACCAAACCCAGCUCUCCAACUGGCACUUGCAACUUGGCCAGGUUUAUGCAUUAUUUGCGACCCGACCCACCGCACCAUAAAUUCCGUCUGAAGGCCAACGGAAUGCACUUAUCCCUCCGACAACAGGACGUGCGAGUCACGCAGGAUACAAGGACGGGCGAUGACGAUGCCAAAAUUCCUUGAGAUUUACCUUUAUUUUAGGGCUUUUGCCCAAGUAUCACUUAAAAACCAGCCAAGUUCGUUUCAUCUUUUCGAAAUUAAACGGUUUUAUUAAAUUGUAUUUUAGGUUGAAGCUCAAACUAAAA